AUGGCUUGGCGCAGUCAAGGAAUUACUGGCUCCAACAACAUCCCGUUGGGUCGGCGACGCAUGGCCGGCGAGGAAGGAGAGGAGGAGAGUCUCACUGCGACCCCUUCAUCCAUGCCCCCGUCUAUGGGACCCGAUGGCCCCAAACGUGGCCGCAGCCCUGUUCGAGCUGAACCAGUACUGGAGGCCGAUGGCUCUAAGAGGCGCAAGAAGCGCAACCGCUGGGGCGACCAGCAGGAGAACAAGGCCGCCGGCCUUAUGGGCUUGCCUACCAUGAUCAUGGCGAACUUCACCAGCGAGCAGCUCGAAGCUUACACACUUCACCUUCGUAUCGAGGAAAUCAGCCAGAAGCUUCGGAUCAACGAUGUAGUCCCAGCCGACGGUGACAGAUCUCCCUCGCCGCCACCUCAGUACGACAACUUCGGUAGACGUGUCAACACUCGCGAAUAUCGUUAUCGCAAACGGCUCGAGGAUGAGCGUCACAAACUUGUUGAGAAGGCCAUGAAGACCAUUCCUAACUACCACCCGCCUUCUGACUACAGACGUCCGACCAAGACCCAAGAGAAGGUCUACGUUCCAGUGAAUGAUUAUCCAGAGAUUAACUUCAUUGGCUUACUUAUAGGACCUCGUGGAAACACCUUGAAAAAGAUGGAGACCGAGUCUGGCGCCAAGAUUGCAAUUCGUGGUAAAGGCUCCGUCAAGGAAGGAAAGGGUCGCUCUGAUGCCGCUCACGGUAGCAACCAGGAAGAAGAUCUUCACUGCCUUAUUAUGGCAGACACCGAAGAAAAGGUUAACAAAGCCAAAAAGCUUGUUCACAAUGUCAUUGAAACAGCCGCAUCCAUUCCCGAAGGCCAAAACGAGCUCAAGCGCAAUCAACUGCGUGAGCUGGCUGCUCUCAACGGUACCCUCCGUGACGACGAGAACCAGGCCUGCCAGAACUGUGGUCAAAUCGGACACCGCAAGUAUGACUGCCCUGAACAGCGUAAUUUCACAGCGAACAUCAUCUGUCGCGUCUGUGGCAAUGCUGGCCACAUGGCUCGCGAUUGUCCUGACCGCCAGAGAGGCAGUGACUGGCGCAACGGCGGCGCGGACAAGCGUGGUCCUCGUGCUGGUACUGGCGAUGCUGUCGAUCGCGAGAUGGAGCAAUUGAUGAACGAGUUGUCUGGUGGUGCUCCUGGCGAAUAUGAACCCCGUCGUAUUGAAGCCGGCCCCGCUGGUGGUAACAACUACCCCGAGGAUCGUGAUGCGAAGCCCUGGCAGCAACGUGGACCGCCUCCCCAGAGCGAUGUGGCUCCUUGGCAACAGCGCCGUGACACUCGUCCUCGCGAUGACUAUGGAUCCCGUGGUGAUUACGGAUCCCGCGACAACUAUGGAUCUCGUGACGACUAUGGUUCUCGCAACCAGGGUGGUCCUGCUCCCUGGGCCGUCCAAAGCCAAGGCCAAAGUCAAGGUCAAGGUCAAGGUCAAGGCCGCGAUUACGGUUACGGAUCCCAAGGUGGAUAUGCUCCUCCUGGUACUGCCACGGGUGCUGCUCCCUGGCAGCAACAAGCUCCUCCCGGUGGACAGCCCGCCUAUGGAGGUUACGGCGGUUACGGCGGAUAUGCGGCUUACCCCCUGGCAUGGGUGCUCCUGGUGCUGCCCCUCCUGGCAUGGGUGCCCCUCCUCCCCCUCCUGGCAUGGCUCCGAUGUACCCUGGAGGUGCUGGCAGCCCUCCCCCCCCGCCGCCUCCUGGUGAUGCACCACCACCACCUCCUCCCAGCGAUCUGCCUCCCCCACCCCCACCUCCCCAGUGAAUACAGGAUUCGACAAGGUGAAAUUAUUUGA